UCGUCAAACGUUAGUAUUUGUAUUUGUAUAACGUUUGUAUUUGGGCCUUAAUGUAACAUCCCCAAUAUAUCCCUCCUCCUUUUCCUCCAUACAUUAUAUUAUACCCACACACGACAUAUAUAGUCUAUUUUGUAGCUGAAUCAGUCAUAUUUAAAAUGAAAUAGAUAUAUAUUUGAGGUUUAACGUAAAAGCGAGAAGGUUAUAACGUAGUCCAGUGCAGGAACAGCUGUAUAACGAUUCUUCCAUUACACGUGCGUUCUCCCCACCAUUGCUCCAAGGACCAAUCACAGCACGACGACCACAAGCAGAUGCUAUAAGAGAUUUGUACAGUUAUGGCGCAGCGUCACUCUUGACACGCAGGCAGUAGGGGACUGUUCGUUUGCUUGUAAAACCAACGAGAAACACAUAAUGGCACGUACCAAGCAGACCGCUCGUAAAUCGACCGGAGGUAAAGCGCCUCGAAAGCAAUUGGCUACUAAAGCCGCUCGUAAGAGCGCGCCCGCUACCGGAGGUGUAAAGAAGCCGCAUCGUUACAGACCGGGCACCGUUGCCCUGCGUGAAAUUCGUCGUUACCAGAAGAGCACGGAGCUUUUGAUCCGUAAAUUGCCGUUCCAGCGGCUUGUACGUGAAAUCGCUCAGGACUUCAAAACUGACCUCCGGUUCCAGAGUUCCGCGGUUAUGGCGCUUCAAGAGGCUAGCGAAGCUUACUUGGUAGGGUUGUUCGAGGAUACCAAUCUUUGCGCUAUUCAUGCCAAAAGAGUUACCAUUAUGCCAAAGGACAUCCAAUUGGCACGUCGUAUCCGGGGCGAACGAGCGUAAAUGCUAAAACGAAAAGUUAAAACGGUCCUUUUUAG